AUGGGUCUCGAGUUCUACAUUCCAGAAAAAGCCGAGAAGUGCUGGGCAGGAGAUCCGUACAUGCUUGAAAAGGCGGAAUCAUACGGGAAUCAAGCCAGAGAAUUUAGUGAUAGUCUUUUCUCUUCAUCGAUGAUAAAUCAUCCCUGGAUCGAUAACGAUGUACCUCGCUGUGUCCCUAGACUUUGUCUUUUCGAGUUAGAAGGCAGCUCUUUGCAAUCAAAAAAUCAGCCACAGCACUUUCAAUCCGCUCGUGACCUCCGCUCUUAUUUUAUGAAGUCCCGCGUCGACCAAAGCAGCUCGAAGACGCAAAAGAGGCUAAUCAUUUUAGAGGAUAUUGAUCCAAGAUUCGCGGAAUUACUUGGAGUUGUGCUUGAAAUUCCCCCCGCGUUUUUCAUAUCUCACCACCAAAAGUUCACUCUAAGCAUAGUGGACAAAACACAUGCCCAAAUGAAAACUUCAAAGUGCUGGAAGGUCAUAAUACCAAGGUAUUCCGCUGUAAAUUCCUUAGGAGUGAAUUAUAAGGGCUUUUGUGAUCUGUUUUCUGGAAACUUUAUCCGCGGAAGUAAAGUUAAUCAUCUGGCGGGAGGCAUCCUUCAUUAUGAGAGUAUGAUGUCAUACUGGGGACAGCAGCUUGGUGAAAGUUCGUGGACUGCGGUCCUUCUUGUUGAUCCGCCAAAAUUUUACCUUCUACCCGAAAAGGUUCAUUUGAGAGACACUUCUCAAAACGCAAUGUAUCUCGUCGAUACUAGACCUGAGAACCCUUCGUUUCAGCAAGUCUUAUUGGAUCCACCUAAUUCUUACACUAUCACGUCGAAUCGUGGAUGUAUGUUUGAUUUCCUCACAGCAGCACACCAGGAAUCUAGUUAUGAAUACUCAGGGAAUCAUUUUUCAGCAACGAUCUAUGCACGCAAUUUCGUACGCGCAGCGUGGGAAGCCGAGAUAGCUCGAAUAAGGAAUAGUUCUUAUAAAUUGGUGGACGCCAGCCGGGAAAAUGACGGGUCGAUUGAGGCUAUACAACUCAACGACCGUAGGAUUGCUGAAGGUUAUCAAAUUUUAAUCAGAGAAAGGAUAUUUUUGCGAUUUUCUAGAAGAGAAGUUGCAAUAAUUAUGCGGGCAUUUCAGUGCGAACGGGAAUCUUCUCAUUUAAACAGCGGCGGGUGUCAGAAAGGUAAAAGCAGUAGCAUAGAAGAGAUUGAGCAGGAAAGUAGCAUUUGGAGAUUCUUGGACAAGGAGCUCGAGAUUACCGAGAUACAGAUAAACCAGCACAUGGAGGAGUACGCUCAACGCGCUGCACUAAACGAAGCGUACGCAAAUAAAUUGCAGACAUUUGAGGCUAACAAACAAACAAUGGCCGCUAAUAGACAGGCGCGAAGUGCUGGUCAAUUGACUAAAAUCGCGACAGCUGUGGUUCCCUCGACUGUCGUGGCAUCUAUCUUCUCCAUGGGUGGAAAUUUCGCCGCAGGUGAAAAGCUCUUCUUAGUUUACUGGGCAAUUUCUUUGCCAGUAACUCUUGCACUACUUAUUUGGGUGUUGCAUGAGGAUAUCUCGAAAGUUUGGUCACAAUUAGCGGAUCGUAGAAGAUCUAAAGAACGUAAGUUCGAUGACUCGGAAUCUGGGACUAGCGACCGUGAACCAGACAGCACAAGAUCGAAACGAAAUUGGCGGAAGUUAUUGAGGAGACGAAGGAAAGGUGCCACAGUCGAUGAGGAAAAUGUGACAGACUCACAUUCACAUUCGAUAAGAGAAUGGUCUCCUCGAACGGCUAGAUCAGAUCCGAUUAUUCCGGCCGACAACAGGUCUCUUCAAAUGAUAAGUCUAAAUUCAAUUGAAUUAGAAGAUGGGUUCCUUAGAACAGCAAGGACCAAUUCAUUUGCUGUAGGAGAAGGAUCAUCCAUUAUCCCCGAAAAUCUUGAGACGAAGAAAAGAAAUACCCUCUAG